CCGAGGAAACAAUGUAAUACCGUGUAGUGCGCGCGUAUGUUUUUUUGUUCUCUAUACCCUAGAAAAGCUCUGUCUCUCGUUGCCUGCGUCCGUUGCUUGCAUACGGGGCCAGCAGAAUUUUUCUCGGCGGUUUAUCCCGCGAGGAGGAACCCGACGCGAAGGGUUACGGAAGGGUGCGGUGCCCAAAACAGGCCAAAGGGUUACGACGAGAGUGUUCCACGUUAAAUCGUGGGUGCACGGUGGAAGGACCACUGGACAGGAGUAUCCUCUGUGUGCUUUGAAAGGGUGGAAUUGCUUGGAGAACCGGUGGAAUUUUUGGCAGUAAUUGCGAAUUUUGUAACGAUUUAGAACGAAAUUGCGAAGCACGGGUGGUGCCAGGUGACCUUUUUUCCGCUGCGUUGCUUGGGCGUUUGAUUUCUAGGUCAAACUGUAGUUGUCAAUAUAUUCGCACCGACCGUGGCAGUAAACUCAACUCGAGGUGUGUUAAGCCGCUAUUUCUUGGAAUCGAUUCGUUGAUUGAGUGUAAAUAAAACCUGGUGAAUUGGAAAUUAUUUCCGGAAAAUCAACCUUCAUCCCGGUUCAGUGAAUUGCGAGGAAGAAAAAAGAAACCAUUAAUCAUAAUCCUAGAUUUAAACAAACACGUCUCAGUGUGAUUGGAAGUGAAUUACCUUCAAUGCCUGUGGAUGCGUAGAUUUGCUUGGGAACAGGAUAGGAUUACACCGGCUUACAUAAUACGGCGGGCUUGUUGAGCCAAAUUAACCUGCUCAAUGGUGAUAAUUGGAUAAGAUAAUGUUGUUUUGUGAAUCAAAAAAUAAAAAGACACACCGUCCCCUUGCCGAAGCGGGUGUCAAAUUUCCAGGUGUAAGCAGCAGCAAGUGAAGUGGAGUGUAGCGUGGAAAUCUGGGAAAGUAAUCGUGUUUGGCUUAUUAAUUGAAAAGAGUGAGUGAAACUGACACGAGCCAACGAAUGAAUAGGCAUUCAUCGACAUUCUGGAGCUGUUUGCAAUAAGGUGGAAUCGGUGAAAGCACAGACUAUAGUUACGCGUAUGACGACGCUACCUGAAGGCAACAGAAAUCCGGUGGAAAACAAACGAAACGAGAUCCAUUCAACAUGUAUCUCCAUCGCAGGUGCUUGAAAUUGGAUCCUAGCAAAUGAAGGCAUCAGUUUUGAAAAUUGUAAUGCGGGUGCCGCUGAUUAGCACCAUCAACGGUUCGAAAGUCGUGCAACUAUUUUGCUCAAAACAUUCCCUAGUCUAUUUCCCGAUGAUGAUGAUGAUGAGCGAACGGUGCACCUAGUGGAGUGAACGGGGGCUAAAGAACGAAGAGUAACGAGACGUGAAAUCGAUGCACGUCAGCCGUUUAAUUAGCACCCUUCAAAAGCUCACUUGAAAGCAUUUCCGACCCGGUGGUAACUACUGCACUCCGUUCCGGUCCGCUCCGAUUUCACAAUACAUAAACAUAAAAAGUAAAUAUUAUUAUCAUGAGCCGUGCUGCAAGUGUUUACCAGCCAUAGAAAUAAUAUUGGUAAUUCUCGUUAUUUUCCCCGUUUCGCGGAAGAGCAUUAAAACCGUGUGAGUGUGUGUAUGUGGUAGUCAGACGAAGAAAGCUCAUCAGACACUUUUUCAGCGGUGGGUCGGUGCGUGGCAUGUGCACUUUGCUUCCCGAGGAAAAGUCGCCGACUGUGGUAGGAACGUAAAGCACCCGUUUCAGGGCGAGAAAAAUAUAAACCAACUCGGUCGCGUCCUGCAGCACAAUGAACGGGAGUUUGUUCCGGUGCUGAUCAUUUCGGUAUAAAAAAGUAAUAAGGCAAAUAUUUAUCAAUUGCGUCAGGCUCUGUGUGUGUAUGUGCGCGCGUGUAUUUGUUUGUGAUCAGUGUAGUAUUUUAAUCGUAUCGAGCCGUAUAUAUACAUGUGGAGCAUAUUUCCUGUAUUUUCAUGAUUCUGUGAAUAGUUAGUGAGGCAAAGGUGCAUUUCGUGUCAAAGCAAAAUGGAAUUCCGGAAACAAUUUGAGGCGGUGGUGGUACCGCUGCUGUUGCUACUACUGAUUGGAAGCAGCAGAAGGCUUGUGCGGAGCGAGGCGUUCAAAUCAGAUGUUCCAGUACACGUGGAAAAGGUGCUAGUGAAUGAUACCGCCCAAAUUAAGUGCGACGUUUCGUCAAAUCUGCCAAACGACCGGAUACUGCUGGUCGUGUGGUACAAGGACAACGUGCCCAUCUAUAGCUACGAUACGCGCGUCAAAAAUAGCGAACUGCCGUCACACUGGAGGGACGGCGCAAUCCUGGAAGACCGUGCCAACUUUAAGCCGCUGCGGGACAAAAGCCGGGCGGAGCUGGUCAUCAGUCCAGUGCUGAAAAAAGACGCCGGAGUGUUUCGCUGUCGAGUAGAUUUUUUACUAUCGCCUACAAAAAAUAGCAACGUAAACUUAGAAAUAGUGGUGCCACCGGAGGUGCCGAAAAUCCACGACUCCAAUGGAUUCGAGCUUCCUGCUCACGCUGGCCCGUAUGAAGAGGGCGGCAUCCUAGAGCUAACCUGCGUCGUGACCGGAGGUAUCCCGACGCCCAAAAUUACCUGGUCAAGCAACGGGAAGACUCUGCCCAGCACAAUGAUGGAGUACUCCCACGAAGCGACGCUCAGUAGUAAGCUGGUGGUACGAAAUUUAUCGCGCGAUCAUCAGCACAAUGUAUACAGCUGCCAGGCGAGUAAUUUCUACAAGCGAAACGUGACGAGCAAUGUGACGAUAGAGUUACGGUUGCGACCUCUGGUGGUGGAAAUCGUCAACGGUAGCACGCCGCUCUCGUCCGACCGGCGAUACAUUAUCCAGUGCCAGUCCAGUGGGUCGAGACCGCCAGCGAAAAUCACCUGGUGGAAAGACGGCGAGCAGCUGACGACGACCAACCAAACGACAUCCGAGGACGGCAACAGCACGGUGUCGUCCCUCAGCUUCACACCGAAGCGGGAUGACCAUGGCAAAAGCCUCGUCUGUCGGGCCACCAACGAGCUGGUCAAACGGGGGACGAAAGAGGUCUCCGCGAAGCUAAACGUCUUCUAUCUUCCCACGUUGAAGCUGGAACUCGGGACGAACAUGAACCCGGAAGACAUCGAGGAAGGAGAUGACGUGUACUUUGAAUGUAAAGUGAAUGCAAAUCCUUCUGCAUACAAAGUGGUGUGGAAGCAUAAUGACCAAGUGGUGCAGCACAACUCCAAAACCGGUGUGAUAAUGAGCAGCACGGCACUGGCGCUUCAAACCGUGACUCGGCACCAGGCCGGCAACUACACCUGCAUUGCGUCCAAUGUCGAAGGUGAUGGCGAAAGCAACACGGUGGACCUGAAAGUUAUGUACAAACCAAUUUGCCUGCCGGAUCAGAAGAAGAUUUACGGCGUGGCACGGAACGAAGCGGCGGAGAUUUUGUGCCAUGUUGACGCCUAUCCGCCGCCGGAAUCGUUCAAGUGGUCCUUCAACAACACGGCCGAGACAAUCGAUAUGCCCCAGAGUGGGUACCGAGUGCACACCGAACAGGCAUCCUCACUCACCUACACGCCGGUUAAGGAACAGGACUACGGUACGAUCAUGUGCUGGGCGGACAACGCUGUCGGUCAGCAGCGGGAGCCGUGUGUGUUUCAUCUGAUUGCCGCCGGGAAGCCCGAGAUGCCGUACAACUGUUCUCUGGUGAACCAAACGUCCGAAUCGUUGGAGGUGGACUGCGCCGAAGGUUUCGACGGCGGUCAGCGGCAGUGGUUCGUGAUGGAGAUCUACGACCAGCAGACGCACAUGCUGCUAGCGAACGUUUCCUCCCGGAUACCGAUAUUCACCGUCGGUGGGCUGGACUCUGGCCGGUUGCUGAAAAUCGUCAUCUAUGCGACCAAUAUGCGUGGCCGCAGCGAACCUAUCGUGAUGCAUGCCUACACCCUGAAGCCGGCGGAAAAACAAACAGGACCACACGCUGAGUUCGAGCUAUCGCCGAUCCUAUCAAUCGGGAUAUUUAUUGGCAUUUUAACGGUGAUAAUCUGCAUAAUAAUCGCCGUUGCCGCUGCCGUUAAGCUGCGCACGAGCCAGCAGGCCAAGACGCACCACACCAGCCACAGCGGGGGAGUGCUCGGUAAACGGCCCGGUAAUCUGCCAAUUAAGGAGAAAAUCUCAUUACCGCUCAGCCAGUCGGAGGAUAUGUACGACGAGAAGAACCCGGACGUGGUACCCACGAACGAAGAUCCCGAUUACAAGCUAAUAUCAGCCAAUCAGACCCCAACGGCGCUGCAUAAUUCAUUAUGCAACAGCAAACAUGACAUUAUCGGUCGGACGAUACUGGACGAUAGCAGGAAAACGUACCUGACCGGGUCGUCUAACGAAGUUCACUACGCUGAAUUAGCAUUAGCAAUACCUCACGAUGACAAUAGCAAUAAAAAUCAUCUCAAUCAUCUGAAAAAGCUUCCGCCCCCUCCAGCAUACAACUAUUUCGAUGAACCGACCAUCUACGCCCAGAUAGACCACGGUAGUAGCUUCAAAACGUCGACGUCGCCAUUCCCGCUGAUAUCGCCGGCGUCCCAGGCAUCGCUGGCCGCUCAGCCGGUCCUAAAUCAGUCACAAUUAACGUUACAGCUGCAGCACCAGGAUCAUCAGAGCCAACAGCAUCAGCAGCACACGCCAACGUCGCUGCAGAACCACCACCAGCAGUCGCAGCAGCAACAGCCUACACCAACCUCGUUGCAGCAGGGGCAAUUGCACCAACACCAUCCGCAGCAGCAACAGCCGCAACAACAACUGCCUAAUAAUAAUAAACAAUACCUGCGUGAAAUUGUGACAGUCCGGACGCCGUUGGCGUUUUCGCAGCAGGAGAGCUGUGUUUAAUUAAAAUUUACUUCCAGCGGUCCGAGCGGCCACCUGUAUGUAUGUAUCUAUAUGUACUACGCACGUAUGUAGGUUAUUCGGAAAACCAUAUGGCUGGGGAAACCCUUGCCGAAAAAGACUGGACACUGUGAUGCUACCGGUAUGGGGACCCUGUAACGUUGUUAUACAGCAUAGGUACACUGCUGGGCUGAAUUUUCAAUGCUAUGUAUGAUGGGCAUGUAGACAAUACACCAUCGCUCCGGAUCCCGUUCAUUGACAUAUUCGGUUCAGCAGAACACAAGCGAACCUGAUGCCUUCCGGGUUUGGAUGGUGGAAAUCUGUAUUGUCAGAAUUGAAAUAAAUGUGUUUCGACCGGAAGAGGAACAAGUAGAAGUUGUGCAUAUUUGUGCAGGGCCGAGGUUGGUAGUAGGAAGGUGGGGAGGGAGGUGAGUUUAGGAUUUCCCACUUUGUUCGUUCGUAGCCAAAGUGUAUACCGUUUCAUUUUCUAGCUUUCAAUAUAGCCUAUAGGCAGGGAACACUUCCGAUCAAUUGAUAAAAAUUUGCAUUUAUCCAUGGACUAUUUCAAUUCUCCUUCCAACAAGUUUCAUAAUGAACACUUGGAUGGACGCCAAUGAGGUACCAUUGAAAGGUCAAUAUUGUUGCUAUUUACUAAAGAAGAGAGAAUCUUGUAUUUUAUGACAGUAUGUAACGAUAGAUUGAAAUCGAAAUCAUGCCACCAAGAAAAGCUACAAGCUCCGUUCAUUAAAUGACGAAAACAAAUUGCAGAGAAAUCAGCGGUUAGCUGUAAUCAAUUCCGACAUCGCAAACUGAUCGGCUCAAGAUCACUAUUUGACCACCCUGUCUCCGGCAUACUCUACAAAGGCAGUAAAUAACUGAUUCAUUCUGCAGAACAAAUUGAGAUUUUUCAUAAUCAGGUUUCAGAAAAUGUAUCUACUAAAUUGAACGUUCUUUUUGACAACAAAUUAGUAUAAAGGGGUGGAGAUAGCGUAGUUGGUAAAUCGAUUGCCUAGUACGCAGAUCACCUGGGUUCAAAUCCCAACCCCGCACAUAGGGUUAGAGAUUUUUCUAAAGAGAUUUCUCUAACCCGACAAAGAGGCGAAUGACCCUAAGGUUAAAACCUCUAUAAUCAAAAUAAAAAAAAUAGUAUAAAAAUAUAAUAUUCCAUAGGGUAUCUGCAGCUGCGUUUGGAAGAAGAUUAUCAAUAAUUUCCAGAUUAGCAGAAAUAUUUGAUUGUUUGCUUGCUGUCUUGCUAUCACAGAUAAAUGAUCGGUUGACCUACAUGAUACGCAUUUUGAUUCAGCUGAUUUCACUAGUUUACAAAAUAAAUUACGCUGCUAGAAAAAGUAUUUUCUAGGCUAAUUUUAGGCCAAAUUUGAUGUGGAAUUUGCGUUUCGACUUCGUCUCGUCAGAAUCCGACACUAACUUAGUGAAAGGACUAAGCUAGCUUCGGAUUGACGCUAGCUCCAAAAACGAAAACAUUAUUUGAGUUUCUGAUGAGUCCUGCGUGAUGUCCCACAAGAAAAGGAAUUCUGAUUAAGUCGAUGAGAAUAACUGAAGGCGAAACUUGGUUUGGCUGUGCCAAUGCCAUUUUAGCACGAAAACAAUAUUUUUUUUUGAAAGAAACGUUUUAGAGAUCCUUUUUUUUUGAAAAGCAGUUUUUUUCUACUAUUGGUUAUUGGUCGAUAUAUCAUGAGAAGAUCAUCCAAUCAAUAAAAACAAUAAUCAGUUCAAAUGGUGUUGGUAUGCUCUUUCCAAAAACAUAUAAUAUAUUUAGAUCACAUGGUUAUUUUCAAAUAAAUAAAUAAUAAAAAAUAUUUCAAGAACUUUCGAAUAUUAUGCUUGUUAAAUUUUGGUCGCUUGAAAUCUUAAUACAUUUUUAUUUAAUUAACAGAUAUUAACGGAGAUAAACAUGGUUUUAGAAAAAUCUCGAAAAUAUUUGAAUAUGUCCUCUUAUUCUCUUAUUUAAUAAUUUGGCUACUAUAUCGCACUUUCCCAGGAGAAUUUAAGUUACAAUGCUUUUUGAGUAUAUUUUAUAUUUCAGUUUCAUCGCCUACUACGAAUCCUUGCAAGCAUUUUCUUAAACCUAUAUCCAUUUUUUAUGUUUGUGUUGAACCAGCGAAUAAUACUAUGUUUUGCUUUUGACGAAUUUCGCGCUAAAUCGUAUUUAGAGUUGGCAGCACCCUCUCAGAUUGUAAUAAAACUUUCUGUCACAAAAAGCAACUUUGCAUACUUUGUUUUUCCAAAAAUGAUCUAAACUGUCUUUUGAAAAGGGUCAAACUUUUUUUACCAUUUUUUUUUUCAAAUGGCUAUAGUCUAAAAAUGGCAAAUCCUUCACAAAAAUGUAGAUUUUCACAAAAUUAGUCAAAUUUUUGAAUAAAAAUAUUGAAAAAAUUCUUCAUCGACUCCUACACUGAAAAAAAUCGAUUUUGAAAAUUUAAAGUCGAUUUACUAAAAAAAACCAUUUUUGAUUUGGAUGAAAUUUUGUUCCAAAAUAGGUAACUAUGUUCCCCAAGUUGGGCACUUUCGAGGAAAAAAAGUUAUUUGAAAAAAACUUUUCCUUGUCCAAACUGAUUUUUUUUCAGUGUAUUUUUAUCGGAACCUAAAUCAAUGAAAGUCAUAAUCAUCUCAGAAUCCAAUAAAACUCAGUUUUUGAGAAGAUAUUGUCUAAUUUAGCAACUAAGUAUAUUUUUAUUAAUCAAGAAUCCCAUUGAAAAGAGUUUAUGUCAUUAAACAAAUAUUCCAUUAUUACUUCAUUAUUUUCUUAUUUUGUUCUUAGGAAGGAUCACGUGAUAAACCCGUUAACGUACAAAUGCUUUAGCCCUUCGCGACCAUCCACAGCACUUACACGCGUGAUCUCUCAAACAUGAUAACAUCCUGGUGAUCAGGUGAAUGUCUCAGGGCUUAUAAAUUUUCAAACGCGGGGGGGGUGAACCUAACAACUCCCGCGCUCGCACGAUCAUGAAUCGGUCACUUCCGGAAGAUUCUAUCUUUGGUAUCAGCAGACUAGGUCCAUGCCUUCAAUUAAACCAAUUAAGAAAAGAAAGCUCUCGUAUCCACUGGACAACACGUUCCAUGGCGACAUGACCGGGAACUUCAGUGAUAUGUAAGAUCUUCACUUUUAGCAUCUAAACCGUACAUAAAAAAUUAAGUACCAGAUUUACGGUUCGCGCGCUAUCAUCCAAGAACACACGCGAAUAUGCGAAAGGAACACGGUUAUAAAAUCGAAUUUAUACACGCGAAGUUACAUACACGUUAGCACACGCAACAUACAAACGCACACGCGAUUAAACACUUUAGCGUACAAAUGCUCGACCCUUCGCGAUGAUACACGCGAUCGUAAAACCUCUACAUAUCUGAACCGUACAAUGAAUAUCACAUUCAGAAUGACGGCCAGCUGCAAUUAGCCUUAAGCAGUGUUUUAGUGGGCAACGUUGCCUGUCUCGUCUGCAAUUGUAGUGUGUGAUUCUGACGGGGAACCCUUUCGAGAACCUAGCUCUACAACUCCAGCAGGACAACUCUCGAAAAAAAAAAGAUUUUUAAACAUUUCAGUUCCACAAAAUUGCUACCAUUGUAGAAAUACACCAUUUUUUUAAACCGAAUAAUUUUAUAUAUCGAACAGUUCUUGAGUUAUUCUCAUUUUUUUUUUUGUUUUAAAAAAGGCCUACCUUGUAUUCCCCCUAAGUUGAGGGGUUUGACGGUAUUGCAAACAUCAUCAAGCAUAUUGCAUGCAUCAGUGCUAAAAAACCUCUGACAGACAAUUGAUUUAAGAUGGUUAUUGCAUUACGCCCCGAUAGUAAUGCAUCGAGGUGACCGAGAGAGCCUAUGGGCCUCUGUUAAUGUGUGAAGUUUUUUCAUACUCCGCACCUGCUCAAAUAAACGAUCACUGGUCGGUGCGCGCUAGCAUGACCGACUCGCGGGUCGAUGUGAAUGGAUUUUUGGCCGUGGGCCGUGUUUGCAAACAUUAUUCCACAGCUUAAUGGCGGGGUUGUUGGACACGGCUCGCAGUGCAGGUCAUUGAGUGUCGAUUUAUCGGUCAACUUCGUCAUCGUGCUAAUUAUUUAAAAACAUGUAAAAGUAGAAGCCUAUUAGUGUUAAUUAAUUAUUCUGCUCAUUUAAAAGUUUAUAUUCAAGUUUGUUAUGAAUAUAUACCAAAUUCGUUACUGAUGCUUUUAUAUGUAUCAGGAAACUAGCAGUUGGGAAAUUGAAUUCUGAGAUGAGUAUGACUCUCAUUGGUUUAGUUUUCGAUUCAAAUACACUGGAAAAAUCGGUUUGGACAAGGAAAAGUUUUUUUCAAAUAACUUUUUUUCCUUAAAAGUGCCCAACUUGAAUUUUUGACGCUAGAUAGGGAACAUAAUUACCUAUCUUGGAACCAAAUUUUGUCCAAUUGAAAGAACAGGUUUUUUAGUAAAUCGACUUGAAAUUUGUAAAAUCGAUUUUUUUCAGUGUAGGAGUCGAUGUAGAAUUUUUUCAAUAUUUUUAUUAAAAAUUUGACUAAUUUUGUGAAAAUCACUCCUACAACAUUUUUUUGUAGGAUUUGUCUUUUUUAGGCUAUAGCCAUUUGGAAAAAAAUGGUGAAAAAAGUUUGACCCUUUUUAAAAGACAGUCUAGAUCAUUUUUGUAAAAACAAAGUAUGAAAGUGGCUUUUUGUAACAAAGUCUUCAUGUACAGAAAGUUUCAUUAAAAUCUGAGAGGGUGCUGCCAACAUUUGUUCGAGUUGGCGCAAAAUUCGUCUUUUGUCAAAUUAUAACGUUAAAUUUGAAUUAGAAGCUCAAGUAUCGUUCCUUAAUUUUGGCGUAAAGUAGCCUCCGUGGCGUAAAGUAACCCCCGAUGACGGUAAAUCAAGUUAAUAGAAGGAUUUUCAUAAUCCAAUACUUUAUCCAUUAUGUAAUCGUCCUAAUAAGGCCUGUUUGCUGGCAACUAUGUGUUGUGAUUCGGCUCGGAAAUCCUAUGAAACGACUGAACCUUGCCGGAAUGGCUUAUACGCACAUUAGGUUUGUUCCAGUACACGGAAGUCACUCCGAAAUCUUUGCUUCUUUUUACUCCCGUUUGCUACCAGAAGAAGAAAAAAGAGAAGAAGAGAGUACAGGAACGAUUUUCUCCGGAGUACUUCCAGUUUCUCCUGGUACUGGAACAGACCUAAUAUAUACCUGCAAUUCGGCAUCUCGCUACUGUUGCACCUCAUUUGAACUUGGUCCUACGAAGGGCGAAAUCCUUCCAGCACGCAUCUACGAACGUUUCCCUUCCGCGGCUCACGCCAAUUGAGAGUCAAGAGAACAAUUGGGUAUCUUGCUAUCUUUCGUGCUAUCAUCGCUUCGGAACCCUACCAGCAGCUGCAAUAAGGGUACAUCAAUUAAUGACGUAGCAUUUUGGAGUGAUUUUAACAUCCGCUCCCCCAUCACAAUCCUCUAAAUACUCCCCCCUGGAAAUUACGUAGCUUGACGGUAUACCCCCCCCCCCCACCCCCCCAUUCACCACGAAAAAAUAAAAAAUAAAAAAAACGAAGUUAGAUGAAACGGGUAAGAUUGUCGUGACAUCAGGUUCACUCCUAUUCCUCUUUAAAAAAGCUACGUAGCAUGACAUGAUCCACUACCCCCCUCCCCCUGUCGUCCCACAUCAUCACAAAAUACAAAACUCCCCCUCCCCCAUAUAAUGCUACGUCAUUUAUGGAUGGACCCUAAGCUUACUCAUACUGCCAACAAAGUAGGCAUGGCAAUUAAGGAAUUCAUUCUGAAAUAUUGAGAUCUACAAGGUGACGACACGAAUAAACUCAUAAUGAAUGAAGUUUAUGAUGGACAAUUGAAUACUUUACGCUGACGUCACAAAUGAACUCGGGUGUUCAUUUUUGACAGUUCGCUUGUACUGUUUACAUGGAUUUAGAAAAAUUCUUUGCGAUUUGCUUCGAACGAAUCUAGUCUAAGUCCAUGUAAAAUGAGUAAAAUAAAUCGGUCUCGGUCAAGAUUUAAGAGGCUGGAGGUGGCUCGAAUCAAAACUCGUCGAAUGUAAUCAAAUGAACAUUCUGUAGUGUCAAACUGGCGUCCAGGCGAUGAAAACGUUGGAGUUCAACGAGCAAAUGGAGCGUUGCCAGAACAUUAUUAUUUCCCAGAUAAUGUUUUAGUUUUGUCCGCUUCAGAGACAUCUUUCAAGGGUGUGCCUAUGCGAUGCGGCUUAGUACCAAAGUAGUCCAAAGCCGCUGAGGUCUACCGGACGAGGUGCCGAUCGACGCGCUGUCGGAAGCGACAGCCUCUUGCAAGCAAACCUGUGACCCACGCGUAAAAAGCGAUCUGGCGUAGCCAGGUGGUGGAAUAGAAUAAAAAUACAAUAAUAGAGAGCAGAAUCAAGUGUCCUUAAUUCACUCUCAGCCCAUUCGCUAACCCUACAAUAAACUCUCAUCAACCAUAGCGUAGUGAAUAUUCUCAAUCCAGUGAACAUUUGGUUCAUCAGUCGCUUCUUUCAACAUAUUCAACGGUAUCCCUGUUCAAUCACAAUACAUCAGUUUGGCCUUUGACAUCAACAGCAUAACACAUCUUUCAACACUGUUUAGUACAUUUUAGGUUUGUUCCAGUACAUGGAAGUUACUCCCUGUUGCUCCGGAGCAAAAAAUUUCUGCUCCUUUUCACUCCGGUUUGCCACCAGAAGAAGAAAAAAGAGAAGAUGAUAGUACAGGAACGAUUUUCUCCCUGUUUGCUCCGGAGUACUUCCAGUUUCUCCUGGUACUGGAACAAACCUUUUAUAACGCCUUGUAUGCAGCAGAUGUCCUCAAUCACUUCUCGAGAAAAAUGAACCGAGAACCGAAUAUCGUAGACUCAGAUUCACGGAGCACUCUCAAGAAUUGAGAAUGAGUUCAAAAUCUGCCUGACAAAUUAUGGACCCUGGAUAACAAAAGCUACAUAGUCGCAAUUAUUUUUUAUCGAACUUUAGGAUGCCAAACACACUCUGAAUUAAAAGUAUUCAAAGUUAUCUCGCAAUCAACAUGAAUCGAAAUAUUGCACAGGAGCAAAUAAAACCAAACGAAAUCACAUUGCCUGUCACAAUCCUGCAGCUAGUGAUUGGCAGUUUCGAUUUAAACCUAGGUGCAUAUAUGGAAAAAAAAUCAAUGCAACGUACAAAAAUCUGAAUAAUUAAAACUCAAAAAAUUUAAUCUUGUUUCAUAUUCCCGCGAUUUGAUUGGAGUACCAAGCCCAUCUGCAUAAAACUGUAUAAAAUAGGUUGAUUAAACAUCAAUUCUCCGAAAGGCAACAUGUUAACACAUAUUAUCGUUUUUCUAUAUGCAACAAAAAAUCAGGCACACAAAUCUGAACGCAUUCCAUCUCCCCGUAGUUUAAAAAAGAUAUCCUAUCUACAUACCAUCCCACCCUACGCGCACCCUCGGGGCCACCAGCAAGCAGACCAACCGGCAAUGGCGCACAAAUAUUUAGCUAUCCACCCAAACCCUGGCCCGAGUGUUCGUGAGCGAGAUCCGCCCGCUAUGAGGCCAAUUUAUUGACCACCCGCGAAUUCCCUAUCAUUGUCACGCCACUGUCAUCGAUGGUCAGCCGAUAGGAACGCUCCGAUAAUUGUUUUAUGUGUACGUAAAUCACGCGGCGCCUGAUUUUUGUUACGGUAUUUACUACCACAGGCAAAAAAAUACAUUUUUAAAGCAGUCGUAAAUGCUUUAAAUCGGAAUUAUUACUGGCAAAUAACAUUCAAGCCCCUCAAUCCACGAGAUCCCAAUCGAAAAUAAACGCUGCUAUUCAUAAUGCCAACCACUCACCCGAAUUCCGAUAAUAAUGGAGUAAUCGUCGGUUGUCGCAAAUUUCGCUCGGACACCGCAUAUCGUAUUGACGCAUUCAGGUCAGCUCCCAUUGGCAAAUCCAAUAUUAAAACUGAAUUAAAAUAUAUAUAUAUAUAUAUAUAUAAAUAAGCUCAUACUAUGCAGGCAAUGUGCCUAUCCUUUGGAUUAUUUCGAAACCGAUAGGGCCUGGGAAAUGCACCAUGUGGAAGAUUUGUCGGUACCUAACCUGUGAAUAACUCCUACCAACUCGUAGGCUGCGAAAUGGUCAAUUAUUGUGCCCAACGUGCCGAAGGUAAUUGCAAUUUUCCAUUGGCUACGUUUUAAUACUAACUGUGUUGACGGGAACGGCAAUUGCUAGUCAGAGACACGGUAGCCUUACUAUUAUUAAUAUUGUGAACAACUUUUGUAUGGGUGCGAAAGCUGGUGUCAGUUUUGUGAAAGCUACUUUGCAAAUAACAUUUUGAUUCGAACUCUAAACAGCUUCAAUUUCCUGACUCUGACAGCUUAUUAUAACUUUUAGUUAAAGAAAAAUUACCUUCUUGAAAUAUUUGCUAAUUCGUCUCAUUCACAUAGUGAACCGAAACAGGACGCAACGGUGCUUAGUAAAAUCUCAAAUACGAGUGCCAAAUUGUUUCCUCAUAUCUCGUUAUACAUACCUGGGGUGACAUUAUGGAACCAUUUCGAAUCGACUUUUUCAUACAAGCUUACAUACAAUAAUCCUUUCGUUUCGAGACUUGCAAUGCCACCCCUGUAUUUUAGCUGGAGAAUCCUUUUAUGAUUGAUUCUCUAUUAAAUCACUCGUUAAACGCUAGGAUAGGUCAAGUUUUAUAUUAAGCGCACUGAUAGAAUAUAUUCGUAAAUCGCUAUGCAUUAGUUUCGUACAGAUAAUUUUCAUAAAAUAUACGAAUUUUUCGUACAUAUAAUGAAUCGUUCGUAGUUCUAUUGAAACACAUUUAUUUUUUUAUUACGAGUUUUUCGUGAAAACCACGAAACGACUUUCGUUGGCUUAUUACAAAACAGCUUCGUUCGGCAAACGAAUUGUUCGCUGCUAUAUACGAAUAUCUUUAUAAUAUUUACGAGCACCAUUCGUCGAACCGUCAACGUCAACAGAGCUUCAAUAGAGGUAGAAUAUGGAGUCAUUGUUGCUAUACGUCAGAUAAUUGUUGAUGUUCACGACGGUCUCGAUCUGGCUAUUUAGUAGCCGUAUCCGUGUCCGCCGGUUUCAGGAAGAUUUUCUAAACCUCUUCCGCUUCUAGUUGAUCUAGAAUCCGGAGCAGUACGGAUUCAGUUGAGCCAUCGCUCGAUGGUUUUGCAUGAAUAAUUUUGAGUUUUUCUCUACCGGAGCAAUGUAAAAGAAUAUGCUAUUAAAUACGAAAACUUCUCUUAGAUGAACGAAAUGAAUUCGUGCGACCAACGAGAUUGUUCGUAAUAUACAUAGACGUUUAUUAAAAUAAACAAAACAUUUCGUUUCAUUCACGAAAAUUAAUGUCGUUUUCAGCGACAGCAUUCGUGCAAUGUACACUAAAUAAGUAAAAUUCACGAAAAGUUUCGUUCAUCAAGCGACCAUUUCUUCAUAUCACAAUAAAAUCGAUUUUGCCAGAUCUGUUUUUUUAACUAAAAAAAUCUGUGUUGUCAAACAUCGAUCCCAAAAGAUCGAAUGAAAAAAUAAGAAGAUAAUAAAUACGAAAACUUUUCUAAGAUGAACGGAAUGAAUUCGUGCGACCAACGAAGUCGUACGUAAUAUAUAAAAACAUUUAUUGAAAUAAACGAAUGAUUUCAUUUCAAUAAAUGUCGUUAUCAACGAUAACAUUCGUGCAGUAUACAUUAAACGUGUAAAAUUUAGCGGCCAUUCUUGUUCAUGAGAUGAACGAAACCUACUAUUUAGAAUGCACGAAAAUACUUCGUUGCAGAAAACGAUGAAUGAAUUCGUGUAUUGCAUGAUCGAAUUCAUUAUAUUUACGAAUUUAUUUUAUCAGUGUGAUCCAGAAAUACGAAGAAUACACUACCACAAUCGAAACAAUCUUUCUGCGUGUAGCACACUUGAAAGAAUCAGCAGUGCGGCCAAACUAAAACAAACUUAAAAAUGCAUUGUAAUACAAAUUCAAAUUGAACUGAAUGAGAUUCUUUCAAGAAUGUGAUGUUUAUGUUUGUUUUGGUCAUGUAAAAAAGUAGUAUGAUUCGUUUUACGAAUCAUGUCGAUGGAUACCUAGUCAGAAAUCAUUCGGCUCGAAAAAUAUAAGGCAUUGCGUUUUACCCGGAUUUUUUUGAUGCGGUCAAAUUUGUCACUCCAAGGAAGCGAUAAUUGAAUUGUUGCAGCGAGAAUAGAUACACAGAAUAUAACAUUUAUUUUCAUUUAUGCUCAAACUUGAGAUAAUUCUGCUAAAUAAGUUUUAUACUGAUGAUUAAGAAACAGUACACUGAUACUUUAUUCUGCGAAAGUUAUUGAUAAUUAGCUUCAUUUAAAAGUUGGUCAAAAAUGGUGCGGCCCUCUCCCUAAAAGAACCGAAAUAGGCUCAUUACCCUACUUACUUUUCUUUUGCUGGUCCAAGUAGCUGAAAAAUGUUCGCGAAAGGGAAAUGUUCAACUCUGCCAAUCACCUCUCAAUAAGUCGUUUAAUAUUCACCCAACUUAAACGCUCGAGAUGGACGUCUGUUCUCUGUGGUAAAAUCACAGGUAAAUUGAAACAAAAUGUAACCACCAUUUCACUUCACGGAGGUAAACCAGUGAGAAAACAGGCUACCCGUCAAGUGGUGAUAUCGGUGGAGCAAAAACACCCACCCAGCUAUCAAUUAUACAUUUAUGUGUUUGAGUGGGUAUAGUGAACUGAAACCAUCACAAAUCAAUUUCGUGGAACUCAACGUAUACCGGCAGGGUUUCCAACGAAAAAAAUGCCCAUUUACGCCAACGUGCAACGUGGAUUCAUACCGAGUGUCAACGAGGAACAGUCUGCGGGGUAGGGUUUCCUCAGUAAUUGUAAAAACUUUUAGAUAAACAUAAUAAAAUUGCAAAAACUGAAUUGAUUAAGUAACUGCGAACAGAACAGGCAUACCAAUUAUGAAGAUUUGGAUGGGUUGAAAAAAUCUGGAAUAACAAACUAUUUUGAGCGGUUCAAUUUUUAUUUUCAAUAAACAUAACUAUCAUUACUCCAGCAAAAAUUGGCAUUAAACGUUCUAGCGCUUUAAGUCCACAUUCUAGAAUCUUCUGUUGAUGAUACACCUUGCGGUCGUGUGAAUUAGUCACUAUAAUAAUUUCCAAAAAAACAAGCAUUGUCACUCACACUGUCAAUUCUAUUUCAAAUCAACUCAAUUCAAAUGAGAAAUCAGUUUUCCUUCAAGCAAAUGUAUAUUCCCAAUCGCCCAACUCAACCCAAAGAAAAACAAACAAAAAUGCCACUGUUGACAGUUUUCUAGUUAAAAUAGUUUAGAGAAAAUUUGUAAAUAGACAAACAACAACAAAAAACAACACAAUAAUUAAAUGGAUACAAACUACAAGCACUACGAAGUCGAGCAACAAUUUUUUCUAUCUGUGAGACAACAAACUGAAACCGUUUCCAUGGAAGCGAUGUCCCGUUAAUACGUGACAUAAAUCGAGCGUAUAGGGGAUGAAUGCAACAAAACAAAACAAAAAUCCGUGAAACCCCGUAGGUUUUAGGGCAACUACACAUCUUUGUGGCAGCAGAUACUGCAAUGAGGCAGAAGAAAAAAAAACAAAAACCGUUUAUUACUGUAUUGAAAAAGAAUCUAUGAGAAAUGUUCUUUCAUGUUUGUUUCCGUAAUUUAUAUUAAAUCAAAUCAACGACACGAUCCUGUAUAUACAAAAUCAUUACCAGUGUAAGAUUAGUAUAAUAAACUAUUUUAGGACAAACAGGAUUACGAAAGUUUUUUAUAUCAAUUGUGUGCAGAGCGGAGGUCAAAUGCAGGCAGAUGUGCGAUCGUUUUACUAGUUAUCAUUUUAUAAAAGGUUUAAUUUUCUACGACAGACAGGUUGAAAUAAAGAGUACAGAGAUGUUACUGAAUCAGUUUUAAUCAGUUUCAAUAAAACAAUUUUCUAUAUUA